GGAGAGAGAGAGAGAGAGAGACGGGUUUUCCUUAGUAGUUCCUCCUCUCAGCCUGACACCAGCCGCCUGUUUCUUCCUCCUCCGUUUUGGUGAAACUCCAUCAGGUUGGGACAACCAUGUUGGAGGUGUGUUCGAGGCUGCUUUUGCUCCUCCCCCUGGUUUGUUGUGCCCUCUCCCCCUCUAGACCCCCUUCCAGACUCUGCAGGCGGUGCUGCGACCACCCGGAGCCGCUAGCAGACACACCCCAAUACCAGACGCCAGAGGUCCGCACUGUGAUCAACAUGACCAUCCUCAAGGGUGAUAAAGGAGACAAAGGUGAUAAAGGUACACCUGGAAAACCGGGUCUGGAGGGCCCUCCCGGCUACCAAGGACCCUUGGGCCCUAAAGGCAGUAAAGGCCAGGCGGGUGCCCCCGGAGACGCCUGCAAAAUCCCUCAGUCUUCCUUCUCAGUGGGACGUCGAAAGUCCCUGCACAGCAUCGACUACUAUCAGGCACUGGUCUUUGACACGGUGUUCGUCAACCUCCACGACCACUUCAACAUGUUCAAGGGCAAGUUCUACUGCUACGUGCCGGGGAUCUACUUCUUCAACGUCAACAUCCAUACCUGGAACUUCAAGGAGACCUACCUUCACCUGAUGCACAAUGACAAGGAGCAGGUGAUCCUGUACGCUCAGCCCAGCGAAAGGUCCAUCAUGCAGAGUCAGAGUGUUAUGCUGGAUCUGGCGCUGAAUGACGAGGUGUGGGUCCGACUCUACAAGAGGGAGAGGGAGAACGCCAUUUACAGUGACGACGUGGAUGUUUACAUCACCUUCAAUGGGUACCUGGUGGCACCUAGCAUCCAGUGAAAAUAUGGAAGAAGGAAUAAUGAGGCGACUGGCAGAAUCUUUGGGUCGGAUUAUUUAGUUGGGUUUUUUUUUUUUGCCAUGGAUACUGCUUUUUGCCAAGAAAGAAGAACUAAAUACAGGACAUUAGAAUUUUGGUGCUUUUUAAAUAUUCCUUUCAGCCUGGAAAGGAACAUACUGUGCUUUCUCAAACGUGCACUGCCCAAAAAAUAUUAGAAUCAAAGGGAACAAUAAAAAAGGAAAAAGGUAUAACAGCACACAAUUAGGAAAGAAUGUUGAAUUAUUUCCUUUGCACUAGAAACACACUUUUGUGCAAAGCCAAACAUUUUUUUCUGCUUCUGUGCUGUGCUAGUUUUCCUCUUGGAUUACUCCUUUCAGGGACUUACUGUAAAAAGUUGUAUCACUUAUCAGGAGUCGUAAAUCUGUGCAAUUGUUUAUCUAUUGGUGCUAGGAUUCUUCUAAACACAGCAGUGUUAUCUGUCAGAUUCGUGUUUGGACAGGCUGCUGUCUUACCUUUAAACCAAUGUUUCCAUGUGCCUUUAAGAAGAACACUUUAAAGGGUCAGUUCACCCUGCUCAAGAAAAAAAAACAAAAAACACAUAAACACACACACACACACACACACACACACACACACACACACACACACACACACACACAAACACAUUCCGUAUCAUUUUGGCACGGCACACCUCAACAUCUUGCUCUUGUGCUCUCUUGACGGCACCGUCCUUGAUCCUGGCUCUCAUGUUUCAACAGUUCUGAUCUUUGAAUCUCUUCCUACAAAAGCUCUAUGAAACUAAAUGACUUAACUUAAAGAGGGGUGGAAUUUUGUUUGUGGAGCUCAAAGCUUUAAAAUGACAUUUGAAAAGCUCAGCAGCGAUGCCUCUUUCCAGGAAAAGUGCAGUGGUAAAUCGGGAAAAGCUGUAAACACCUUCUAAAAACUUCUAAAAAUCCCGUUAAAUAAAACUGAACGUAUCUGCAAAGCUAGGGUUAAGUGGAAAAACAAUAUACUUUUGCAGUGUUUUCUAAUGUAGGUUCUUGAACUGACCCUUUAAACAUGAACAUAUGCCCACAUAUCAAAAAUAAAAACUAAAACAAAGUAAGGUGCUUUAUUACCAAAUGCAGGACUGCAUCAGGAUUUUAAUGAUUAAAUAUCAUGUAUUCUUACAGAGACUUCAAACUGCAGAGCAGUUUAUGUAAAUAGCUGUAUAACAACUGUCUUUAUAGCUCUUAUCUGUGCUACUACUCAUGCUGUUGGGGCUGGACUGUGUAUGUUUAUGUUUUCAUUUGUAAACAAUACUUCCUCCUCUACUAACCAAGUCUCUCUUUGUUUUGUAUCACUGAACAGCAAAAAGACACUUGAUUAUAAGAAAUUAAAAGUUUUGACAAUU